AGAUUUUUCACUAAGGUUUUGCCGCCGACUUGCAACGUCACAUCACACGUCCCGUUCCUUUGAUGACAUCGUGCCUCUAAAGGUUCUUCUGGAACUGUCGUCAGAUUGUAUUGAAGCUCCGUGUCAGCAUGUCCUUGUUUGUGUUUUUCGCACUGUUUGUCGUGUCCGUGGCCUACCCCGACGGAGCACCAGAACUGGGAUGCUACACAAGUCGCCCAAUGCACGAUGAGUUUCUGGCACAAUGGACGCCAGCCCCUUACGUCCUUGAACUCAACGUGACCCAUGGCGGACGGACGUACGGGACAGGACAGUCGGUGGCAGUGACUCUGAAGGCCACGCGUCCCGAGUUUACAAUCCGUGGUUUCCUUGUGACUCUCCUGACGUCCAGUGGGAUCACUGGAGGCACCUGGAAGAACCUGACCUCUGACUCCAAGGUCAUCACGGACUGCGGGGUGACUCAGUCGGUCAGCAGAGGCAGAGACUCCGUCACCAUUGUCUGGGAGGCGCCGACAGCUCGGGAGCUCGACCUUGAGACCAUCCAGUUUAAGGCUAUCGCCGUCCACAACUUCUCCAUGUACUGGGACCACAUCCUCUCACCGCCACUGAAACCAGCCGUGGACUACUCAAAGCUGCAGUUUCAGCAGCUUCUGGACGAGCUGAAGAAGUUCUCUGACAUGGCAUCAUUUGGUAACUUUGGCCUUGACCUUAACAUCCCCACUCAAUCGCCCUCGUCUUCAUCAUCUUCCUCUUCUUCGUCCUCCUCCUCCUCUUCAUCCUCCUCAGGCAGGAACGGCGGCGGUUCCAAGAAGUCAAGGAAGCCGUUCAGAGAGCCACGGAACCAUAACAAGAACCAUGGGUCCAGAUCCUUCCGAUAGAUCUCUUCUUGCCAAGACUCUAUAUAUCUUUGGUUGUAUUCUUUUUGGGGGUUAAACUUGAUCAGCAUGUUUCUGACGACAUGAUACCUCACAGCACGGGAAUGCUGUCGACAUCCACCUAGCUUUCACUCAAUAACAACAACAGCAUCAGCAACAACAACGGAAAUAAUUCCUCGCUUGGUUGGUCUUUCCUUUUCACAUGUUUGUGACUAUUUCAUUAUUUCUAAAAAAUAGAACCAUGGUAAUUUCAGGCCCGAAACUGAAUUCAUUUUUGUUCAUGAAUUUUAGUUCAUAUCUUGAUCAUUUCUAAUAAAAUGUUGCCGCUCGACUGUU